AUGACUACGAUGAUCGGAGAGUUUAUGCAGUUUCGACAUUACCAACGCUUCAGAAUACGGUACAUCGUAACCAUAUCAGAGGAGGUUGGACAGCAGGCCGCAAAGCAUCAUGGAUAUUGAGUGCCUAAUUCCGCGCGUGACUUCAUUGACUGUUGACUGUCGAGGAGUGAACAUCUCUCUGACUAAACCAAUAUGGAAGCUUUCGAACGACAAGAGUGUCAGGCUGCGAUAUUUUGUGAAAAGAAACAGCAUGUUAUUGCUGUAUUGUUGCGAUCAUCAUUACGACUUGUGUUUUACUAUACCAAGUUUACCUUUUUUAAAUAUUUGCAUGGGACAUGUUGUCAUUUUAGCUUGAUAAAUAAUGCGUCUGAGCGAACGAAUUGUACUUAUAUUCCCAAUAGCGAGGCUCUUCUUUCUAACUUGGAUGACGUUAAAUCUCCGUGUAUCAUCAACGUGAAAACAAGCGCAAUAUUUAAGGUUGGUAUACUACAAUGCAUUACAGUUACCUUGUUAUUUAGUCAAAUUAUUAUCCGCUUUUUUUUAACCUUGUACUGUAAUUUUAUAAAUACACUGUACAAAAUUAAUAUGGCGUAAUAUUUGUGUUUAUAAAUGGCUCUAGUUUGACUCUAUUGUGUGUGUCUGUGUACUGUGAUACAUAUGUACAUGCUUUGAGUUAAACAAAUUGUUUAAUAAAUUUUUGCUGAAGUAUGAUGCCUGUUUGUAUCUAGUUGUGGAUAGAUUUUUACAUAUAUGUGUAUACAAUAGUGAUAUUUUUCAAUUUUCAUCUGUAAAAUAUUGCCAUAUUUGUGUGUUGUUCUAUAAAUAUUACUGUAAAUAGUGACACACUUUUGCAUUAGAUUUCUAAUUUUAGAGAUUACAGUUUAUGUACAAAAUAAUAAAAUAAAAAUUUUCUUGUUAUGAUUUUGUAGAAAGAGAUCUACUUGAGUGGUUGGCUGGUCUUGAAGCUGGUCAGGAUGGAUAUGGUAAUGAAGGUGAUAGGGCAGAAAGUGGUGACCAGUUAAGUGACGAGGAUGAAAGUGACGAGGACGAAAUCACCCAUGCUGUACCAUUCAAGUGCAUCGGUGCUGCUCAUGAGAAAAAUUACCAACAUCAACAGCAUACCUUGUCCUUCAUGGACAAGAUAAACCAGUGAAUGUAAGAAUACGGCUAGAGAAUCCUGGAAUGGACCCAAGUGCAAUUGCAAUUGAUGUAGACUAUGGAACUGGAUGGACACACAUUGGUUAUCUUGCUUCUCAACUAUGCGAGUAUUUGCACCGACUAAUUGCCACAAGACAUAUCUUAGAGGUCUAUGUUCAGCAUAUCAAGUAUAGGGUUGACUUUUUUAAAAUAGGAUUUUAUCAAAAAUUUUUUAUAAAGCGACACGGUGAGUGGGAGACUCAAGUGGUAAGGGAGAGCAUGAGUGUACGUUGACAGAUGUUUGUGAUAUAAUUGUAACUGACUAGGUUUAGCAAGUUAUAGAAAUGAUCUUAUUUCAAUUAGGUAACUUUUUAGAUUUUCAUAAACAAAAACUAGGUUAAUCAUAAGUGGGUGUGCACAAUUAAAAUAAAAAAAGUCUGUCAUGCACACUCAUGCAAUUAAGACAAGUGCAAAAUUGUAACAUGUGCUGUACUAAAUGAAGAAAUAAAUAGUUUGUACAUUCACUUGACCAACUUUGUGAGUAAUUUUUAUUUUUCAUUAAAAUUAAUGCAACAAUAAAACAAAAAUAUGUCUAUUUAUAUACAUAUUGAUCAAAGGUCCAACAAUAACAUGCUGCUGAUACUUUGUGGUACAUUGCAUGAGAAUACAAAAAAAACCUGCAUAUAAUUGCACCUAUCAAUGUCAAGCCCCAGAGGGGGUGGGCAUAUGUGGGGUAUUUGAUCAUCAAUUGCAUCCCCACUCUGGGGAUUUUGAUUAGCAUUUUGGGCCUGAGUUUGGGCAAUUUGGGCAAUUUGAACCAAAAUGACUUUUAUUAAUAUAGUAUUUAUUGCAAUUUAUUGCAAAAUGGUGGGGUGUUUACCAAUCUUAUUACCUAACAGUGGGGCAUUUGAUUGAAAAUUUGCUCAAAAAAUCAAAUGCCCCACAUAUGCCCGACCCCACCCCCCUCUCUGGGGCUUAUCAUUGAAAGAACCACCAUUUCUCAAACUUUAUCUGAAUUAGUUGUGUAACAUCAUUACAAAAUACUGUUAAAAAAAGGCCAAGUGGGCCUUCACUCCUAUAAAGGGCAUUCUAUCCAAUGGCAUCAGACCAACAUCUCCAUGGCGUUGUUCUCCAAAGCAUCGAGCAGUGUGAUAAAUCAGAUUGUCUUUUUGACCAGCAUGAAGUACAGACAUAGCCUUGGCAACAAGUGGGAGAAAAUUUUGAGGGACAAAUUUAGCAUCUAAACCAGGGUUAACUUUUACCAGCCAUUUUUGAAACAGGUGGAUGAGUAGUUAUUCUGGUUGUCGCUGGGUUAGUUUUGAAAAUCCAGAAGUCAUACCAAUGGGUCGUUCCAGUAAAGAUCCACACUCCCCCCACAGAGGAAAUUUCUGCCGUCCGGAGGGGGAGAGGAGACAAAAUUGUUUCUGAUAAUAGUAAAUGUAUUAGGACAUCCGAAGGGGGUAGGGGGGUUAACUUCCAAUUUCCUCCGUGGGGGUGGUAUGGAUGUUUUCUGGAAUGACCCAAUAACAGAAGAACAUAACCAGAAAGGUGAACAAGGUUUUGGUCACUCGAUGGAGAGACAAUCAUAGCAUCGGAGAUCUUGCAGAUGUAGAAGGUCUGUACAGAUUGGAAGGACCGAUUUUACCUCCAAAUUUAAUGAUGAUGCUUAAUUCUUGCAGACAAAAUCAUUGACAAAAAUAGAAUCCAGCCAAAAUCACGAAUCUCAAAUCUAAAACAUCAGCCAAACAAUAAAUUUCACUUGUAACAUAUUGUUACGGAAGGGCUUUAAUUAUUUGCACACUUUAACUGCAAUAUAUACAAUCCAUAAUAUAUCGAAACUUCUAUAAUAUAUCACACUUCUUUAGAAAAAAACGAGUAAUGGCAGUUCAUUAUCGAUCUGAGUGACAAGGCAACAUAUUUUACAGAGGGCUAUAUUCAACGGUGAAUAUCUCGAAAACGGUUGCGGGACCGAGGGGGGCCGGCUGGAUAGAAUUAAAGAUUAUACUUUUGUUUAACUAAUCGUGAAAAAAAUAGCGAAAUCGAACCGUGGAAAUUUGAGAUUUUUGUCUUCAAAGAUUGUUGACAGAAACGCCAUUAAAUUACAUCGCGACGGCAUAGCGCCUAAAGUGAGAGGUCAAAAUAAACUGGAAAAUAACGCUUACCUUUCAAGAUACCGUCCCAAUGGGUAGAUUCACUGUUGUAAAAGUAGUAUCGCGUGAAAUUUCCAAAAAAAUGUGCAUAACAAUAUGAAAAAAGUCGAUAUUUAUGAGCCCUAUGUAAAUUUUCGAUGCCAAAAACUUCAUGCGAGCAUGAGGAAAAUGGCGCAAUCUGAUUGGUCGAGAGAUUCGCCCAGAUUCGCCUAAUUAGCUGUCCAACCUCCUCUGUCAGUGGCGUAACUACUAUGGGAUCGGACUGGGAGAAUCCGGGGGCCCCCAACCCCAAUGGGCCCGCAAAUGGGGGGCCCCAGGCUCAGGCUAUAGAGCAAAAAAAUUCCUGUUUCAAAGUUGUUCCAACUUCGUUUGUUACGCAAGUUCAUUCGAACGUGAACAGUUAUAUUGAUAAAUAGCUCAUAUACUUAUUUCCUAACCCGAGACAAAUUUGGUGGCAAUAUUUGCUCUCCAUCUAUCAAAUUCAUCCAAAUUCACUUCUCUGGAAAUUUUAUCAGUAAACUCCAUAGAGUUCGUUUGAGUGCCCCCAAAUCGUUCUUGCAGUAUGUCAGCAUUUCCUUAAUAUUAAUGCAUACUUUUUCACUGCAGUUUCCAAAACGAAGAAGUCAGGUUCUCGAAGGGAAAGCGAGCUGGACAAAGACAACUUCCCAGGUAAAUUUUUCUCAAUGUAUUUGAUUGUUUAACUUUUAUGUAACGUCUAGCCAAGACCAGGAAAAUAAUAAGAUAUGGAAAAGUUCAAUAAUUGAUAAAAUUAUUGUAGGAGUGCCCACAGCACCCUCUCCCCUCCCGCCCCUUCGGUGGUUGCUGGGUUUUAGACCAUAAGUACCAAUAAAUCUACAAACAACCAUUGACAAACUAGUGUAUGAAUACAGCAAUUAAGGGUCUUAAAUCUUCCACCCCUAAUUAUUAUAACGAAUUUCUUUCUGUCAUAGUGACAAAGUCAAAGAAACGAAGAACGUCCAACGAAAGCGACGACGACUGGUCACCUGGUAAGUCUGGUGAGGUCAACAAACUUGCCCACUGCUUGGUUCUGUUUUUGAAUUGAACGAGCAUGAUACUGAACUUAGCAUCUUGGGGACACAAUUUGCAUCCGACAAUGUUGUGGUGGCGUACAAGUGGUUUUGAGGUGUUGAAAUUAGAGGUCACUAGGCAUAAAUUAAUUAUAGUUCUAGUGGCAUUAAUAUGGCCGAAAUGAUUUUUGUUAUAUUCAUAUAGUUCUUUAAUAGAGACAAUUUUUACAAAAAAUUCCUGUUUCAAAGUUGUUCCAACUUCGUUUAUUAUGCAAGUUCAUUCCAACGUGAACAGUUAUAUUGAUAAAUAGCUCAUAUACUUAUUUCCUAACCCGAGACAAAUUUGGUGGCAAUAUUUGCUCUCCAUCUAUCAAAUUCAUCCAAAUUCACUUCUCUGGAAAUUUUAUCAGUAAACUCCAUUGAGUUCGUUUGAGUACCCCCAAAUCGUUCUUGCAGUAUGUCAGCAUUUCCUUAAUAUUAAUGGAUACUUUUUCACUGCAGUUUCCAAAACGAAGAAGUCAGGUUCUCAGAGGGAAAGCGAGCUGGACAAAGACAACUUCCCAGGUAAAUUUUUCUCAAUGUAUUUGAUUGUUUAACUUUUAUGUAACGUCUAGCCAAGACCAGGAAAAUAAUAAGAUAUGGAAAAGUUCGAUAAUUGAUAAAAUUAUUGUAGGAGUGCCCACAGCACCCUCUCCCCUCCCGCCCCUUCGGUGGUUGCUGGGUUUUAGACCAUAAGUACCAAUAAAUCUACAAACAACCAUUGACAAACUAGUGUAUGAAUACAGCAAUUAAGGGUCUUAAAUUUUCCACCCCUAAUUAUUAUAACGAAUUUCUUUCUGUCAUAGUGACAAAGUCAAAGAAACGAAGAACGUCCAACGAAAGCGACGACGACUGGUUACCUGGUAAGUCUGGUGAGGUCAAGACACUUGCCCACUGCUUGGUUCUGUUUUUGAAUUGAACGAGUAUGAUACUGAACUUAGCAUCUUGGACAAACAAUUUAGAGGUCACCAGGCACUGCCAGAGAUGAAUAGUUAAAAUGGCAUUAAUAUGGCCGAAAUUAUUUUUAUUAUAUUCAUAUAGUUCUUUAAUAGAAACAAAGUUUUGCACAAAAACUGAUUUAAAGUUGUUCCAUGCGCGUUUAUUUCCAGCAAGCAUUAAAUUUAGUUUGACUUUUUAGAGAACAUGUAAGAAAAUACGAACAAAUAACAAACUAUAUGAACAUGUAAAAAAUGUUUAAAAUAUCCAAGCACAUUGCUCUCAACUUUUUUAAACCUCAACAAGUCUUCAACAACUCACUUAUUCUGUGUACAUUUAGACAUGGAAGCGAAGGCACAAAACAAUGGAAGUGAAGACGACUGGUCACCAAGUAAGAACACAUUCUGUUUAGCCGUUUUGAGAAUGUUAUAGAAAGGAAACCUUUCAGCAACAACCCGCAAUGUAAAAGAAGCUAACACAAAAUUUGAUUGGUUCAGUCGUGAUUCGAUGCAGCUGUUGUUUGAUCUGUUCGGCUUCAUUAUUUUGUUUUAACAAAUGCUAAAAGCUUAGUGAAUCUACUUCUAUAUCUCCCGAAACACUUUCUUUCCAAUAACUUAAAACAAAUGUAGACAGCCAUUUGUGACGAAUUCAAUUCUUUGCUACAUGUAUAUUGUCCUCCGUUAUUUUGCCAGUCUUGUGAUUUUCUAGCAUAUCCUCGUAAAUACGAAUGGUCACGCCACGUAUUAAAUAUACGAUGUUGCGUUCUAACGGUUUCACAUUUUAGUAUGUACUCUUAUUUCUUCCUUACUCAAAUCAUUAUCCUAAUAAUGAAUAGAUUAAGGUUACUAUGCCUUCAUUUGUUUCUAUGCGGUGUCUUUUCUUUCAUUCCCGAAAGGUAUAUGGGCAUUGCUAAAAACAAUUCCAACAGAAAGCAAUUUGAACAUUUAUCACCUGUGGAAACAAUACUCCAUUCCUUAUCCAUUAGGUUGCUCUUUCUACAUAUUCUUCGUAAAGGCCAUUUUUCACUGCAGUCGCUUUGCCCGUGCGGGCGGAGCGAACUUUACUCAACUUUCUCUGUAGUUGUCUAAUCUGCGCAUUUUUGUCCGCCUGACUGCUCGCUCGAUUCAACUUUCUUGGCGUGCCCAAAAACUCAUCCACUGCUCAUCCAUUACACGUACCGGUUUAAAAAAAAUCAUUUUAUGACAAUUUUAUGUUACCUCAAAACAUCUUUGUUUACAUUCGUGCAAAGAAAUACGUCAAAAUCAAGGUUUCAAAAAAGGCAUACAAAAGUGUAGCUAGGGUUCUUGUAUCUGUAGUAUAUUUAUUUACUUGUAUUUCACGUUUUAAUGCCACAAUUUCCUAAAAAGAUCGGUGACCCCCGUUUUUUAACUGACAAUUUAUUUCUUUGAUGCAUUUUACAUUUCAUAUCCGAAAUUAAAAGAAAAAUGAUUUCUGGAUCUUGACAAAAACACUUUAAUGAAAAAUGCCUGUUCUUAAAGAAAGAUAUGUAAAAAGAUGUGGAAAAGACAUUUGUAGAUCAGAAUUGUACACGUUAGUAGUUUCACUUUGCUCAAAACACAAUAUUUUUUCAAAAAUAAUUACAAGAUAGGUUUACUAAAGCAAAAUCCGCACUAAAAACGUCAAUAAAUAUCGGGCUGUUGUGAUUUUGUUGUUACUCAUAAUGAGCGUCAAGAUGGCGCCAUAUUGGGGUAAAGGUGGUAUAUUGUGAUUGUCAUAACUUUUUAAGGAGUUCGGUGACCCCAACUUUUUUGUGUGAUUUUACUUUAAGUAUAUCAUAAACUCCAUGCCUGGGAAGUUUCAGCACAUUCUCAUUUAGGGAACAAUUACUGCGGAAUUACCUUAAGAAGUUUUAUUCACAUGAAAAUUUGUAUAAUUGCAGAACCGAUUAAAUUAAUAAAAAAAAUAAAUUAUUAAGUAAACUACUAUAGAAGCUUCUUACAGCUAAUAAUGUGUGACUGAAAAGCACGGUAGUUGUGAGAUCUGUAAAUAGAAAGCACAACAGAAGUACGUAACUGCUUCAUUUUCUUGUUAUUAUAUUGCUAUGUAACAGCUAUGAUUUCAGUCCAGUUGCAGAAGGUACUUAAUAAUAAGAGAACACGUACGAUGUUGCAGCUUGAUAUCUUCUUUUUAAGAUCGAUCUCGCUCACCAUUAUAUUAUUCAAAGAUGAAAAGCUCAUCAACAAAACGUAAAGGUAUGAAUUUCCAUCCCUUUUUACCGAAUAUAUAUUUAAAUUUAAUGUUCAAUCAUAUAAGGUUAGAGUAUUGAUGACUAAAAAUUUAGGUCAGCAGUGUAUAGCUCAGAACAUAUAGUAUUCAACUUUAAAAAAGAACGAAAUAGAAAUAUAGAAAAAAAUAAAUUUUUCCAACGCCAAUGGGGCGUACAUUCAAUGACGCAUAUACUUAGAUUGUGAUGUGAUGAUCACAUUGUGAUGUGAUGAUCACAUUGUGAUUCUCAUUGUGAUUGUGAUGAUCGCGGGAACAAAUAUAUUCGGAUUCAUCAUAGAAAACGUGUUUAUACAUGAGAAAAUUUUCCGCAUACAAAUGUGUCAGGAUAUGAAGUUCCCACAAACGUUUCCGGGACGAAACCGAGAUGAUUUACUAUCAGGAGGGCCUAUCAGAUUCGUUGCUGCGCGCGUAAACGGCAAGAUGAAUCCAGUACUGAAAUGUUCCUGUUUUGUAAUGCAUCCGAAAACGUUCCGGUUUUGUGAUGUAUUCAAUGUAUUUUGCUCUAGUGUAAACGGGAUCUCAAAAGGCUGUUAAGAUAAACAAGGCCAGUUUUAGCCACCUUAAAGUCUGUACUAGAGCUCCUCGUUUUUAUUGAGUGCCAUUUUCUGUCUUAGGGAAACAAGAACAUCACAAAUGGACGAGAGAUGAAAAAAGGGCUGUUCUUGAACACUUCGAUAUUCACAUUCGGGAAGAGAAAGUCCCAAAUAAGGAUGAAUGUGACGCCUGCAAGAAAAAGUCUGGCGGCGCCUUGGACAAGCGUGACUGGAAGGCGAUAAAGUACUACACAAAAAACCAAAUUUCCAAGAGAAAGAAAAUAACGAAAAGAAUAUAAAAAGAAAAAAAAUACAUGGGACUAGAGCCCAUUUGAUAUAUAUCUCAUAAGGUUGUCAGUCUGUUUUAUUCAAGAGGAAUUAUCAGGUGACUUUUGAGGUAUAUCAAUACUAUAUUUGCUCUAAUGUAUGACAUUGAGCACUCCUUAGCAUUUGGCAUGAUAAUGGGGUGUUUCUAGAGUUCAAUGAGCUUAAUUUUGGAUAAUAAAUAGUAC